AUGGAUACUCUGGUAUCUAGAUACAGCCGGCCGGCAUAUGAGCAAAAUGAGCCGUUCGAGAACGAGGCACAGGAGAUGAUGGAUGCCACGUCGUCCCUGACUACCAAGUUUGCCAUGCCUCCCAUUUCUCAGCCGUCAUCUUGGCUCCGAGCCGCCACAGAUGACCGAUCAAAUCCCGACUGUCCCAUCAAGAUUGCUCACGGCACGACAACGCUCGCCUUCCGUUUCCAGGGUGGCAUCAUCGUCGCUACUGACUCCCGCGCCACGGCCGGCAACUGGAUUGCCUCGCAGACGGUCAAGAAGGUCAUCGAGAUCAACAGCGUCCUGCUGGGCACCAUGGCCGGCGGUGCCGCCGACUGCCAGUACUGGCUGGCCUGGCUCGGCAUGCAGUGCCGCCUCCACGAGCUCCGGCACAAACGCCGCAUUAGCGUCGCAGCCGCCAGCAAGAUCCUCGCCAACCUGGUCUACAGCUACAAGGGCAUGGGACUCAGCAUGGGCACCAUGUGCGCUGGCGUGACCAAGGAGGAGGGCCCCGCGCUCUACUACGUCGACAGCGACGGCACCCGGCUCGCGGGGAACUUGUUCUGCGUUGGGUCCGGCCAGACAUUUGCGUAUGGUGUUCUGGACGCCGAGUACAACUAUGACUUGAGCGUUGAGGAUGCCCUGGAGCUGGGUAGGCGAAGCAUCUUGGCGGCUACGCAUCGCGAUGCCUACUCUGGUGGUUUCAUCAACUUGUACCAUGUCAAGGAGGAAGGCUGGGUGAAGCACGGCUUCACGGAUACAAACCCAGUGUUCUGGAAGACCAAGUUGGAGAAGGGAGAAUUUAGCAACGUCACGAGCGAGUUGGACUAG